UUAGCUUUAACAUAUUAUUACAAAGCAUUACCUAUUCGUCGUUUGAAUAGAUAGGUUUCAGACUUCGUGUUUAAAAGUUUAUCCUAUAGUACUUUUAUACUUAUACGCGAUGAACGGACACGCCGCAGUGAUAGAAAAUACCUUAGGGGCACCUAAGAUACGCAAAGGAUCAUACAUAGCUCCUCUUGAUGAAGAAUCUAUCACCCUGAUAUUUUCACCGGGAAAUGAUAAAGUUGGAACACUGGCCAAGGCGUUAAAACUCUUUAAGGAAUACAACGUAAACUUGUUGCACAUCGAAUCCCGGUCGUCGGACAGGAUACCGGACCAGUAUGAGUUUUUCGUUGAAUGUGCGCCCGGGGGUAACGUCCCAAAGGUGGUGGAAAUAUUGAAGGGCACAAUGACAUACUGUUCGGUAGUAUCCAGAAACAACCUCAAAGACAGCAAAGUGGAAGCCAAUUACGUACCAUGGUUCCCGUUAAGAAUCAGGGACCUGGACAAGUACGCCAAUCAGAUUCUAUCGCACGGAGCUGAGCUGAACGCCGACCAUCCCGGGUUCACAGAUCCAGUGUACAGAUUGAGGAGGAAGUAUUUGGCUGACACUGCGUUGAAUUAUAGACACGGAGAUCCAUUACCAUAUAUUGAGUACACCGAAGAAGAAGUGAAGACUUGGGGUACCGUGUUCAGGGAACUAACUAAAUUGUAUCCGACGCAUGCGUGCAAUGAAUAUAAUCACGUGUUUCCCCUGUUAGUUGAAAACUGUGGUUAUAGGGAGGACUGCAUACCGCAGUUCGAGGACAUUUCCAAUUUUCUUAAGGACAGUACCGGAUUCACUUUAAGACCAGUUGGAGGGCUUCUUUCGUCCAGGGACUUCUUAGCCGGACUAGCUUUCAGAGUAUUCCAUUCCACACAGUACAUCAGACACCACAGUCGACCACUGUACACGCCUGAACCGGACAUUUGCCAUGAACUAUUGGGGCACGUACCGUUGUUCGCUAACCCAGCUUUUGCACAAUUCUCUCAAGAAAUUGGACUAGCGUCGCUUGGCGCCCCCGAUGAUUACGUUAAAAAAUUGGCCACGUGUUAUUGGUUCACCGUCGAGUUCGGGUUGUGCCGUCAGAACGGCGAGCUGAAAGCGUACGGCGCCGGACUGCUGUCGUCGAUCGGUGAACUUCAAUACUCGCUGUCCGACAAACCGGAGCUGAAGCCCUUCGAUCCCGAGGUGACUGGCGACCAGGAGUAUCCGAUCACCGAGUAUCAGCCUUUGUAUUUCGUUGCCGAGAGCUUCGACGACGUCAAGGACAAACUUAUAAAAUUUGCAAAGACGAUACCGAAACAAUUCGGAAUACGCUAUAACCCGUACACGCAGAACGUACAAGUGUUGGACUCGAAACUUCAACUGCAAGAGCUGGCCAACAACAUAAGCAACGAGUUACAGAUAUUGAGCUACACUCUCAACAAGAUGGAUUGAACACUCAGAUGCAUCUCCACUACCUGUGUAUAAUGUAUAUUAUAUUAUUAUAAUAAUAGUGUAAUUUCCCACUGUUAAUAUUAUUAUUAUUAUUUUUAUUAUUAUUAUUAUUAUUAUUAUUAUUAUGUCGACGUAGCUGUUACUGUUGUUGUUGAUGUUGUGUCGUACUUAUCGUAAUUAUAUUGUUAGAUCGUUAUUGUCGUUAUUAUUGUACGUUGUCGUUUAUACAAUACGCAGCAGUAGGUAUCCGACGGAAAAUCCGCAUUUCCACAGCUCUGAUAGUAAUAUACCGCGUUACGCAAUCACCCAACGCGAGUUACAACAGUUAAUUGGGUCCAAUUUCCACCUGUUAUAAUAUUGCACAACUCAAAACCACCCUUGACUAAUUUUGUUUAAUGAAACCGAACGAGCGCAAUGUUUUCACGACAAAAAACAUUCCUUCACGCUACGAAAACCUAGUUUUAGCGAAAUAUACACACACACAUAUUACACAUAUUAUACACAAUGUUCGAUCGUUACUGCGUUUAAUUUACUUUUUGUACCUAUAUGAUGGAAUAACAAUUUAUCGAGACGGCGCGUAUAA